CUUGCAAAAGUUGGAGACUAACUACCUAGCUGGUUGCAUGUGGAAUCUUAAGGAGUUCUUGCAAAUUUUGCUUGCGGCUUCAGAGCCCGUUUCUAGAUCACCAUGAUGACUGCACAGAAGUUGAUGAGAGCUAUUAGAGUUUUUGAAUUUGGUGGACCAGAAGUGCUGAAACUCCAGUCAGAUGUUGCAGUACCGAUUCCCAAAGACUUUGAGGUUCUAAUCAAGGUCCAUGCAUGUGGUGUCAACCCCGUGGAGACAUACAUUCGCUCUGGUACUUACAGUAGAAAACCAGUCUUACCCUAUACUCCCGGCUCAGACGUGGCUGGGGUAAUAGAAGCUGUUGGAGAUAAUGUAUCUGCUUUCAAGAAAGGUGACAGAGUUUUCACCACCGGCACGAUCUCUGGGGGCUAUGCAGAAUAUGCUCUUGCAGCAGAUCACACUGUUUACAAACUGCCUGAAAAACUGGACUUUAAACAAGGAGCUGCCAUUGGUAUCCCAUAUUUUAGUGCUUAUCGAGCUCUGAUACACAGUGCCCGUGCGAAAGCUGGAGAAACUGUUCUGGUUCAUGGGGCUAGUGGAGGAGUUGGAAUAGCAACAUGCCAAAUUGCCAGAGCUUAUGGCUUAAAGGUUUUGGGCACAGCUAGUACUGAGGAGGGACAAAAGAUUGUUUUGCAAAAUGGAGCCCAUGAAGUGUUUAACCACAGAGAAGUUAACUAUGUUGAUAAAAUUAAGAAAUCUGUUGGUGAGAAAGGAAUAGAUGUGAUUAUUGAAAUGUUAGCGAAUGUAAAUCUUAACAAGGAUUUGAAUCUUCUGUCACGUGGAGGACGAGUAAUAGUUGUUGGCAGCAGAGGAACUAUUGAAAUAAACCCACGGGACAUCAUGGUAAAGGAGUGCAGUAUACUUGGAGUUACUUUCUUUUCCUCAACCAAGGAGGAAUUUCAGCAAUUUGCAGCAGCCCUUCAAGCUGGAAUGGAAGUCGGUUGGUUGAAACCUGUAAUAGGUCCUCAGUAUCCGUUGGAGAAGGUGGCCGAGGCUCAUGAGAAUAUCAUUCAUGGCAGUGGGGCUGCUGGGAAAAUGGUUCUUCUCUUACGAUGAUUAAUUCUUACAUGGAUUUCCUAUGUAAUUAGCAGUUAUCUGUCCCCCGGUUUUAUUUAGACUAUCUUUUCUUUAAUUAACAUUCAUUUGAUUUAGUGAGUUUCUUAUGUGGAAAAACAAGAUUUUUCUUUAGAGAGCAGAGGCAGUGCAGUAAAAUUUAUUUGAUAGCUGGCAGUAUUGUUUUAUGCCUUCUAUCUCAAAGUCAUUAUAGUAGGAAAUAGCAUGUUAGUGGUCAUUUGACAAUGGGGUGCAUUCCAGAAAUUCUUAACUGAUACUUAAUUGAUUCCAUACCUGUGAUUAAAACAUGCUAAUUCAAAAUAAGACUGAUCGAUUUCUGAGGAUUUGUAAGCUUACGUAUCUUUAUGAAGGUUCUUUAGUCUCUGAUUAGCCGUAACUAUAUUGGACUUAAGAGAUUUUCUGGACUAAAAAAGACCCCUUUUUUAAACUAAUUUCAUCCGAAUCUGUAAGUCUCUUGGAAGGGCAAGAAUAAACAAUGUCCAGGGAAAUUUGUUAGUUUUCCCAAUGUUUACUAAAAUGUUAGAAUACUCACUACAUUUUUGGUUAAUUGCUAAUGACCCCAUAUGUCCUGUAAGGACAGCAGCCAUAUUUUUGGUAUAAUAUGAUGCUAGGCACAUAGUCUCCAAAUAGAUAAUACUUCUUAAUUGAUUAGAUUUUCAGAGUAGAUUUAGUGUUAUCUGUGUGAUGGGGAUCAUGUAUCUAAAUUAAUAAGCUCACAAAUUUGACACAUUAAGAAUGGUCUGCUUUCUUUUCAUACCAUG